AAUCAAACAAGAUGACGACGACCAACACGACCCAAGUCAUCUUCCCGCCGUUUGAGCGCCCGCAGAUCCUUCCGUCCAUUCUGAGCCACGUCGGGGACACGCCGCUGGUGCGCAUCAACAAGAUCUCGGCCAAGGCCGGGUUGAAAUGCGAGUUGCUGGCCAAGUGCGAAUUUUUCAAUGCGGGUGGGUCUGUAAAGGAUCGCAUUGGGCGACAAAUGGUGCUGGACGCUGAAGCCAGCGGCCGCAUCAAGCCAGGCGACACGCUUAUUGAACCGACGUCCGGAAACACGGGUAUUGGGCUCGCGCUCGCGGCGGCGUUGCGCGGGUAUCGCUGCAUCAUCACUCUGCCCGAGAAAAUGAGCGCGGAAAAAGUCAAUGUCCUCAAGGCGCUUGGCGCGGAGAUCAUUCGGACUCCCACGGAAGCGGCAUGGGAUUCCCCCGAGAGCCACAUCGGCGUGGCUAGGCGCUUGCAGCAAGAAAUCAAGAACGCGCACAUCCUUGACCAGUACACGAACCCGUCCAACCCGAAGGCGCAUUACGAAGGCACGGCGGAAGAGUUGCUGUACCAAUGCGACGGCCGCAUCGACAUGAUCGUGAUGAGCGCCGGCACGGGCGGCACCAUUUCCGGGAUUGCGCGUAAGUUGAAGGAGAAACUCCCCAACAUCAUCGUUGUGGGCGUGGACCCUGUCGGGUCGAUUCUCGCGCAGCCCGAAGCCUUGAACGACCACAACCGGCUGUGUGGGUACAAGGUGGAAGGUAUUGGGUAUGACUUUAUUCCGGAAGUGUUGGAUCGGUCGUUGGUGGACCAAUGGAUCAAGACGGAAGAUCAAGAGUCAUUUGUGAUGGCGCGCCGCCUGAUCCGCGAAGAAGGGCUGCUUGUGGGCGGGUCGUGCGGAGCCACGGUCGCCGCCGCCCUCCGAGCCGCGCAGACGCUCCAGGAAGGUCAGCGCUGCGUGGUGCUGCUGGCCGACUCGACGCGUAACUACAUGACCAAGUUUUUGAACGACCAGUGGAUGUUUGACAACGAAUUCGUCGACGAUUCGCUGCACCAGUCGACCAACUACACCAAGUUCAAGAAGAGCAUGACCACGUGGUGGUCGACCCAGCCGGUGGCGGCGCUCCACUUGCCGGCCGCGUUUACGAUCUUGCCGACGCUUUCGUGCAAGGCGGCGGCCGAGCUCAUGGACGCCAAGGGGUACGUGCGGACAUAUCACGUCAUCUUUCUGUCAUGUUUACGUCGUACAUGCGAUCACGUCAUCUUUCUCAUGGUUACGUAGAUACGACCAGUUUCCCGUGGUCGACGUGUCUGGGACGCUGCACGGCGUCGUGACCAACGGUCAGAUCCUGUCCAAGCUCGCGUCCGGCCGCCUCGCCGCCAAGGACCCCGUGGCCCGCGGCAUGUUUCAGCAAUUUGCGCGCGUGACGUCCACGACGGCUCUGGGGGAACUCGCCGAGCUGUUCGAUAAGGAGUUUUUUGCCGUCGUGCAGGGCGACAACGGCGCGCUGCACAUUGCCACGCGCAUCGACUUGCUCAACUUUAUCACGACCAACGAGCAGCAGUAGUGGUAGUACGUACUAGGGAGGUAUAUUUCCAACCGCAAAUCACUCGUGUGUGCUGUACGUACAUAUAUAUAUCGUGGUCUGCCUGAACUACAGUACAUACUAUUAAUAGUAGUACCGAGACCACCAAGUUUCAGUUUGGGUGACUUGAGCACUGUGCAGCGCUCGAUUUUGGAAUGGGAUAUUAAUACAUAUCAUGGCUGAAACGUUGAGCACAUUAUUCUACCGGUAUAGUAAUACUACUAACUAGUACUUAAAAGUGGCUUACAGUCAAGUUGCCCCCACUGAUGCCAUUGCAUCG